ACGCGAAGUCCAGCUUUGAUAUGAUGCUGCCAGGUACGGAAUUCCUGCGCGGAAUCGUGGAGGAUGGGCCGGCUGCUCAGAAACCAGAAGAGGUUAAAAGGCUGCUGUUUUGUACUGGUAAAGUAUAUUACGAGUUGGCAAAGGAACGUAAGAGCAGGAGCCUGGAAGCUGAGGUUGCCAUCACCAGGCUGGAGCAGCUCUCUCCUUUCCCAUUCGACGUGGUGGAGGAAGAGGCCAAGAAGUACGCCAACGCUGAGCUGCUCUGGUGCCAGGAGGAGCACAAGAACCAGGGCUACUAUGAAUACGUGAAGCCGCGCAUCCGUGCCACCACCCGCCGAGAGCGCCCAGUCUGGUACGUCGGGCGUGAGCCAGCCUCUGCCCCAGCGACGGGCAACAAGAACACCCACCUGCAGGAGCUGAAGCGAUUCCUGGAGACCAGCUUCAACCUGCAGGCCUUCCGCGGCCUUGACAACUAGGAGGCCCCGUCUCCGGACUCGCUUCGAUCACCCCCCCCGAGCGUCCAUCUUCCGUCCUCGCUCCCCGGGACUAGGCCAUGCAUGCCUACUGAGAUGUAACUCCUACGACUUUGUGAGAGGCUUGUAUCUGCAGCAUUUUAAUUUCGGAUAGGGCAAAAAAAAAACUCUGUUCGACACGGGAACCACGAAGUAGCGGAAAGGGGGACAAAAACAACCCAGCCCACCAGCGUGCUUGACGUUUCACCCACUCUCCUUUUCAAGUGUAUCGUUUAGUUGAACUGAGCAGUAACAAAAAAAAAACGUGUGGUUUGUACAUUUUGUGAAUAAGGAAUUUUUCUAUUUCUGAACUAGCCGUGGGCUAAACUCCUGGUCGAUGGCUGGAUCACGUUCCGAUUUUAGCUCCCCCCUUUCCCCCCCCCCCCCUCCCCUCAUCACANACGCUCCUUGCUCCCCCUCUCUCUUCCCCCCCAUGAGUUCUGCCCAAGAUUUGAAGCAAUUUGCGAGAAGGCAUUACACUUUCAGCCUGUGCCAAAAUCAAAGACGACACCGUUUCCCUCACCUCUCCAUGGAAGAGCUUUCUCUUGAUGACCCACCUCUUGCGGCCGCGCAGUAGGAAGAACUGACUUUAUUUAUUUUGGUACAAAUUUAAAAGAGUUUUCAACUGAAUAGAGCUUCAUCAAUAAAGAGACAUUGUCCUCACGCAA